AUGACAAAUCUCAAAUCAGUCUCACGUUCAACGGAGUUGCUGGAAGACCUUUCUGUGGAUUAUGGUUCUCUCAUCGAAGAUAAUCAUGAAUCAAACGUCCUAAUUGAAGUCGGCGAGGAACCAAACUUUAAAAUCUUUAAAGCUCAUUCGUUGAUAUUAAGAAGCAGAUCGGCGUACUUUCGCGUGGCGUUGUCGAAUGAAUGGGCGAAGAAAGACGAUGAGGGAAAUUAUGUAUUCAAGAAACAAAACAUUAAUCCUCAAACCUUUGAAAUCAUACUCAAGUUCAUCUAUUGCGGCAACGUGUGCAUAGACCACCUGAAUGGAGCGGACUCGGCCUUACUUCUAAUCGCAUCAGACGAAUUAGAACUUCACAAAUUAAGCAAACACGUCCAAGUUCACAUGACCGAAGAUUUGGUCUGUUGGUUACUCCAAAAUAUUCUUUAUGUGUUUGAAUUUGUACUGAAGUGUAAUGAUUUCAACAUUCUUCGAGAAUUCUUAUUGGGAAUAAUAUGCAGGGAUCCGGCAAUUGUCUUUGGUCCGGAUAAAAAAUAUUUUCAUUUUGAUGAAUCGUUUAUGGCUCAAAUCCUGGAACGUGAUGACCUGGAAUUAGAUGAGAUUAAGAUUUGGGAGCACUUGAUUGAGUGGGGUAUAGCGCGUACAAAUCUCCACCACCAACUUCGAAAAGACAUAUCGACGUGGUCGCGAGAAGAUUUCUCGGCCUUGGAAAAAACUUUGCACAAUUGCAUUCCACUAAUAAGAUAUUUCCAAAUUUCAUCGCCGGAUCUUUACGACAAGGUUAGACACCCCUUCAAGAAAAUUCUCUCCAAAAGGCUCAACGAAGACAUCAUAAAGUACUACAUGAAACCGGGAUACAUGCCGGUCGAUGGGAUUUUACCGCCGAGAUUGACUGUCGUUGAUUCCUGCAUCAUCAGGUCGAUCCACGUAUCGCUUUUAUGCAGUUGGAUUGACAGGAAAGAUGCCAGCAAAAAAAAAUUUUAUAGUUGUAAGAUUCCGUACGAUUUCAGGUUACUCUGUCGUGGCACCAAAGACGGAUUUGAUGCGUUGACAUUUCACAAAAAAUGUGACGACAUAAUUGGAACGAUCGUGCUGGCCAAAGUACGCGGGAGCCAAAAGGUGUUGGGCGGAUAUAAUCCGUGUUCAUGGCAAAGAUCGUUGACCAAAAAUUCUGAAGGGACAUCGAACUCUUCGACGAGCGGAUAUAAGGAUGCGUCGAAUAGCUUUAUAUUUUCAUUUAUGUUAGAUGAAGGUCUAAGCGAAGCAAGAUUGAGUAGGGUGAUUGUUAAGGAUAAGGCUAUCUAUUGUUCUACCUCCACCGGCCCUUGCUUUGGGGAGGGGGAUCUUUGGAUGACCGGGAAUUUUGGAUCAUCGAUAAGAACCUCGUAUGAGAAUAGCGUCACCGAUGAAUUGAAUUUUUUCACCGACGAUUACGAGGUUUUUCAUAUUCGCGAUAAAGAAAAUAUUUAA